AAAACCCGGAAGUUCGUGUUUCAUGACUUCUGGUGUUGACACUGUGCACCGAUAGUAAUGCGCUGAAGCUAUUAUUCAGUAGCUAUUCGUGCUAUAAAUAUAAACGUUAGAUUUGCUCUGAUGACCUGAAUAUACCGUCAUAUUUAUUUGGUUUUAAUUUACCGUUUUGAGGUCUGCUUGUCAGUUUAGUCUCCGCUUGCGCUGCUUACUUUGCAGCUAGCAUAGCAGGGAUACCUAAGGACAUUAGCUAAUUAAUAAGCAAUGGAAAGUAAGUUUUAGCUAAGCUAAUAGACGCUAACGAUAUUCUUUGUAGGUCAACUUUUAUUGUAGCUCACUGACUAAAACGACUUGAGGCAACAGUCAAAAUAAGACAGAUGGCAGUGGAGCUGGAUGUGUUCGUGGGUAACACCACAAUCAUGGAUGAGGAGGUUUAUCAACUCUGGCUGGAUGGAUAUUCAGUGAAUGAUGCUGUGAAGGUGCGAAUGGAGGGAGGAGUGCUGGAGGAGUUUGAAGCAAGUGCAGAUGUUCUGCUAAGUGACACCAUGGACCAGUACAGGACUUUUCAGAUGUGUGAGCGUCUGCUUCACAGUCCAACCAAGCUAGCCAACCAGCUGCUGUUUCAGAUCCCACCUCAUCGACAAGCCAUCCUCAUAGAAAGAUAUUAUGCCUUUGAUGAUGCAUUUGUCCGUGAGGUCCUGGGAAAAAAACUCUCCAAAGGAACCAAGAAAGACUUGGACGAUAUCAGUGCCAAGACAGGUGUGACACUGAAAAGCUGCCGACGGCAGUUUGACAACUUCAAACGUGUUUUCAAAGUUGUAGAAGAGCUGAAGGGACCCCUGGUGGAGAACAUACGUCAGCAUUUUCUUCUUUCUGACAAGCUUGCAAGGGAUUAUGCCGCCAUUGUUUUCUUUGCCAAUAAUCGCUUUGAGACGGGGAAAAGGAAACUACAAUAUCUAACUUUCCAAGAUUUUGCUUUCUGUGCCGGGCAGCUUAUCAAUAACUGGACCGUUGGGGCCCUUGAUAGCAUGGUGGAAGACAUGGAUGUCGAUCUUGAUAAAGAAUUUUUGCAAGAUCUUAAGGAACUGAGGAUUUUAAUCACUGACAAAGAUCUGCUGGAUCAACACAAAAGCUUGGUCUGCACAGCUCUCAGAGGAAAGACAAAAGCUUUUAAUGAGAUGGAGGCUAAUUUCAAGAACCUUUCCAGAGGUCUUGUUAACAUCGCCGCGAAGUUAACCAACACAAAAGAUGUCAGAGAUUUCUUCAUUGAUCUUGUGGAGAAGUUUAUUGAGCCUUGCCGUUCAGACCGAUGGACAGCUGCGGACAUGAAACUCUACCUCACUCAAUACAGCAACUCUGCACACACACUCGACACAUUCAAACAUCAGGUUGUGUGGGAUAGAUACAUGGUCGUCAUCAAAAGCUGCAUCUUCAAAAUGUAUCAUGACUGAAGCUUUUUCUUCAUGGCUUGCCCCCUCUCUUUGGCCUGCUCUUUUGGUUUGGUUUCCCCCUACUGAAGCCGUUAUCUUA